AUGGCGCGAUUCAACUUGCUCUGGUUUGCAGCGACUUUUGCGUUGCACACGGCUCGCGCACAACAGGCGACUACGACGGCAGUUUGCGGGUCUCAAUAUGGCUGGAUGAACAACAAUCGUGGGCAGUCUCCCUGUCUGGUCGCCGCGUAUCUUCAAGGCGCAUGUGGAGAUGGCGAAUGGACCGUCCCAGCUCUUCCUAGUACUACUGGGCAGCAGCUUGCAUACGACUCGCCGACAAAUGCGACCCAGAGCCUUUGCACUUGCUCAGCGGCGGUCUAUAAUCUGAUGAGUGCAUGUGCUGCCUGCCAAGGCGGGGGAUGGCGACUAUUCGCGCCGUGGGCAACGCAAUGCACUUCAGCAAACCUCUUGACUCUUCCCAAUAGUUUCCCAACCAAUAUCCCGGUUCCAUCGGAUACAACAAUUCCCGCAUAUGCUGCUAAGGACCCUCGCACGUGGUCAGAUGGGCGAUUCAAUCUUGUGGAAGCGCAAGCAAUCGCACAAAACAUCACUUCGAAUACGGUCACCUCAUCAACUUCGGCUCCGACAACAGCUUCUAGCUCUGGCACCAGCCCCUCUGGAUCAAGUACAUCCAAUAACAGCAAUACCGGUGCUAUCGUAGGGGGUGUUGUCGGUGGUGUCCUUGGCCUCGCACUGAUUGCCGUCCUCCUCACCUGGCUCAUUUGCGGAAAGCAAGUCCAACGGCGAUUCGAUCCACAAGGAAACGCUGAGAUGGCAUACGAAAAGCCAGAUGUACUAGGAAGGGCUUUCACUACGCCAAAGCAACCUUCUAUCAUUGCGCCAGUUCCUGUCCGACCCAUCCCUACAGCAAACUUUGAGAGCUACAUGUCCACAACAACAGGGACUAGCCAUCAUGGAGACGUAUCCGGAUACACUCAUCUCACAGGAACCCCCAAUCAACCUCUCAGCAGGAGCAAUACGACGUCUUCUAGGGCCAUGACCCUCUUUCGUCGCGUGACUUCUGCCGUUCCCUGGAGGUCUCACUCCAAAACGACGUCCCGCACUAGUGUAGGUAGCGGGACAGUCAUGACCUCAAACGUCGGCACACUCAGUCCGAUUCCGCAUGGCGGUAGUGAUCUCGGACACGGAAACGUCUCACGACAGAAUACGAUACGCGAUAUACCGGACCCGGUCCCAUUCACGAUCCCAGCUCCAGCAAACGACUCGUUACGAAACUACCCAAUUGCAGAAGAACCAUCGACCUCGCAUGGUUUCCCAAGCGCAGCAGAGGAAAAGAGGCGACUCAAUCCACCAGGGUACUCGAAUCCUCCCCCUGCUGUAGUAGCACCGUGGAUUAAGGGCGAUCAAGUGCGUUAUACAUCGCAGAACCCAACUGCAAAUACGCCCAACUCUCUGCUCGACAACUCCGCCGUCGCAACGCGCGCCACGAGCAGCCCAGAGAGUCAGACUUUGAGUCACCAUAACCAACAACAGCAACAACAGCAAGAUGCGCAGCGGCUACAGCGACCACAGAUGACGGUUAGGCCCGUGUCAGAUGUACUCUCUGGCUCGGUGCCCUCAAACAUUUUGCUGCCUUCGCCAACAGAGAAUGAUGUUUCCCAAGGCGCGAGUAGUGGUAUUAUCGAUUCCUCGCCACUCGUAGCACGACCACCGGUACCGAUGCAGAAUAUGCGCUUCGUGGUUACCAAUCCAGAAAAGGAUGUCGAGAUGUGA